GGUGGAGCCGAAUGUUAGAUACGAAUCCGAAUGUCCCAAGGGGCUCCGCAAGUGUGAUAAGGUCAAUCUAUGGCUGAUUGAACCCUGAAAAGGCGCCCGGACUCGGCCCCGUCACUCCCGCGGCCAUCAUCAGCGUCAUCCCAAUUUACAGCCACAUGCAGCACGAGCAUCUUCUGUUCAAACACCAUGAUGUCUCCCUAGUCCAACCUCUUCCUUUUGCCUAGCCAGUCUUCCACUCCUUACGAUCGCUGUCCGUUCGACGCCCACUUCCUCCGCGAAUCUAGAACUGUUCUCAAUCUUACUCGUUCGUUCGUGCGACGGAGCAUCUCUAUCUCUUAUCGAUCAUCUUCAGUCGCCUGUGUUCAAAGCCACGGUGUUUAAAGCCACGGUGUCAAGCACGGCCUGCAGACCGACCUAACACAGUCCGAUGGCAAGCUCUGCGCAUGCCCUCUUCUGUUUUGAAGUCCUUUCUGCCAGCUUUGAACGCCGAGACCCGCCUAAAUUAGAGAGAGUCCUUGCAUUGUACGAUCGUUAUAAAUCAGGCACUGCUACUGAUGGAGGCGCGAUAGCAGACGGCCAGGGAGAGGAAGACAUCGACCCCGAAGCAGAGGACUCAGAAGAGGAGGACGAUGAGGAAGAAUCACAUGAAGAGACACGGCGCCUUGACCGCCAUGCUACACCUAAGUCAGGGCCUCAGCUCUCCAGCAUAUCGAGACUAAAGGCGUCGACGUCCUCAUCCAGGUCGUCAUCGACCUCCUCUCCAUCCAUACUCUCAGCCACAUCCUCCACUUCUCAAUUGACGACACCCUCCAGUGUCGCAUCCGGAAACCAAUCUCCACCGUCCUAUGCCUCUCGAGUCUCUGUCACCGAAUCAUACCCGCUCUUCGUGACGUGGAAUACCAUAUCGAGAUCAGGUCACAAGUCGCUAAGAGGCUGCAUAGGCACUUUCGAGGGUAUGCCACUGGCAUCAGGGCUGGCCACAUACGCGUUGACAUCCGCCUUUGACGAUACGCGAUUCUCGCCCAUCCCAGCCUCGUUACUGCCGGCACUGUCAUGCUCGUUGACCCUACUUGCGGACUUCGAGCCCUGCAAGGAUGCCAUGGACUGGGAUCUAGACACUCACGGCAUACGAAUAAGUUUUACGAACCGCGGUCGACGACACGGCGCUACGUAUCUGCCUGACGUGGCGGUGGAGCAGGGCUGGACGAAGGAGGAGACGCUGGAGAGUCUGAUGAAGAAGGCAGGCUGGGACGGAGGGUAUGGACAUGGUGUCGCGAGGCGAUUGCUGAGAGGAUCGGCAAGAGGUCCCGAGCAACAGUCCACGAGACCGUGGGAUGAUGUCCAGGAUUUCAGGGUCGUGCGGUAUACAGGGUUGAAGGCCAGUGCCUCGUAUGACGAAUGGCAAGCAUGGCGGAGAUGGGUCGAGAAGAGUAGAGAGGUGUUGAAAGGUUGAACGUCCUCAGGCUCUCGAGAAGCACCCAAGCAUCAUCUGUCGUGACUGCUUCAAUGAGAAUCGAGCGUGGCGAUUGAUAUCGUUCACAUUCGAGGGAGAGGCCGUCCUCCCAGGAUCCCAC